CUCCUUUUGUUUCGCCUGAUUUGGUUUCUCAACGCCAUUCUUUAUUGUAAUGUGUUAGUAAGUGUGUAAGACAUUUUAAUCGAUAGACGUCAGGCUUUGAAAUUUAGAAUUGUAUUGACAAACCGAUGAUCUUUUCCUUCCUUGACUCAUUUGGUAACGGAACCCAAGGGAUGCAUGAUUUUUUUUUUUUGAGAACACACACUCGUGCACCAUAUGCAGUCCCGUCAGAAGAAAAUCUCACAGACUCGUCACAACAUCCAUGGAGCCACAGAAGAAAGGCGCCCCUUGUCUGUGCCCAGCUGAACUCCGCCUCGCACGAUGUAUCCACAGCAUCUGCCACCCGGCUCUUCCCACCCGGCAACUUCGACUGGUCAAAUGCCACACUAUUCGCUAACAGCGCAAGGGACAUUUAACGGCCUAUUGGCCUCCUCUGCUCAAGGCUUUCCAGCUUCUAGUUACUUUUACGCACAGCCGUACGGCCGUGGACAGCGGGGAGACGCUUUACACCAGUCCGCGUCGCAAACAGGACUGUUUUUUGGACAAGCGCAAGUCUAUCUCUGUAACCGAGCUCUGUGGCUUACUUUCCACAGGCACCAGACUGAAAUGAUCAUCACUAAACAGGGUCGACGAAUGUUCCCAAUUUUAAGUUUUAAUAUAUCUGGACUUGAUCCAACUGCGCACUACAACGUUUUCGUGGAUCUGAGCCUCGCGGACCCGAAUCACUGGCGUUUCCAAGGGGGACAGUGGGUGCCUAGUGGAAAGGCGGACACAAACAUAACAGGGAACAAGACGUACAUGCACCCUGACUCCCCAAACACUGGGGCGCACUGGAUGCGUCAAGAGAUUUCGUUUGGAAAACUCAAACUGGCAAAUAACAAGGGAGCCAUGGAUGGGCCGGGGCAGAUGGUGGUCGUGCAGUCACUGCAUAAAUACCAGCCCCGGUUGAAUGUGGUGGAAGUGAAGGAGGACGGCACGGAGGAUACCUGUCACUCCAGAGGCCUUCAAACGUUCACUUUCCCAGAAACACAGUUCGUUGCCGUCACAGCUUAUCAGAAUACAGACAUAACGCAAUUGAAAAUUGACCACAACCCAUUUGCUAAAGGCUUUCGGGACAAUUAUGACAGAUUCUAUACCGGUUGUGACACUGACCGGUUGACACCUCCUAGUGACUCAUAUGCCAAGCUCGUGCCCAGUGCUAGAUAUGCCAUUGCCAACUCCUUCCUGCAGCAUCAGUUUUACAACACUUACAGCAGGUCAGGUUUUAGCCCACUUUCUGGCUUCAGUUAUGUCCCCUUCAACCAAACUAACGGCAUGCUUUCGCCGCAAACGGUCCAGGACAACCCAACGGCUCCACCGAGGUGGUUUGGCAACGAGAGACUUGACUUGGCCUCACGCGCGUACGAGGGGCCUUCCUCCUUCGACUUGGCCACAAACGCCGCCGCUUUGGCCUCAUAUGCCGCAGCUGCCAAACCGCUUCAAAUCCCGUCCACUGCUACCGAGUGCGCUGGGGGAAAUUUCGGUUAUUACGCCGAAGCCUCGGGUUUUACGCGUCCUUCCCUCCAGUACUGUGGCUCGUCAACCUCUCCACUCGCACCUUGGAUUAACGGACACACCGGCGCGGUGGACUGCGUGGCGGAUGUGGAGAGUGCGCGUCCGGAGGAUGGUUUGCAAACAGAUGUACCUCGCGACACCAAACAAAGUGACCUAUCAGAAUGCAGAUGGCUUGGAACCUCGUCAUAAUCACAUCAGAGACUUGAUAUUUUGAUAAAAGUGGGCCAUCCAUGGUUUUCUUUCACUUUGGAAUUCAAACUUGGUUAUGUCAAAUAAGAGUUGCUAAUUACUAUCUUUGGUAAAUGUGUUUUUGUUUGUAAAGUGCUUAUAGAUUGACCUGUUUAUUGUCCUUAUUGUGUUAAAUUAAAUUAUAUAAAGUUG